UUCAAUGGAAGAUUACGCUGCCAGCAGCGAUGAUGAAUACCGUUACUCCGAUCCGGAGGACUCCGUCGACGCCUUCGAUAACGAUGAUAACGAUUAUGAAUUAGUCUCUUCCAAGGGUCCCUCUACUCAGGUGAUUACGAAGGAGUCAUUGCUAGCUGCACAGAAGGAGGAUUUGCGCAGGGUGAUGGACAUGCUAUCGGUGAGAGAGCAACAUGCACGAACCCUGCUUAUUUUUCAUCGUUGGGAUGUGGAGAAGUUGUUUGCCGUGUAUGUAGAUAGGGGAAAACAUUUUCUGUUUUCUGAAGCUGGUGUUACAGUGGAUGAACAUCGCGACGACUCUAAUUCAUCAGCUGCUCCUUUGACAAUAAUGUGCGAAAUUUGCAUAGAGGAUGUUCCUACUGAUGAAACAACAAAAAUGGACUGCGGUCACUGUUUUUGCAACCCCUGUUGGACAGAGCAUUUUAUUGUCAAGAUAAAUGAGGGUCAAAGUAAGCGAAUCAGAUGCAUGGCACACAAAUGUUAUUCCAUUUGUGAUGAAGCUGUUGUCAGAACUCUUCUCAGCAAAAAGCACCCCGAUAUGGCAGAGAAAUAUGAACGCUUUCUUCUUGAAUCCUAUAUUGAAGACAACAAGAGAGUUAAAUGGUGUCCUAGUGCGCCUCAUUGUGGGAAUGCAAUACGUGUUGAGGACGAUGAAUUAUGUGAGGUAGAAUGUUCAUGUGGUUUACAGUUUUGCUUUAAUUGCUUGUCAGAAGCACAUUCCCCAUGCUCAUGUUUGAUGUGGGAGCUUUGGGCCAAAAAGUGUCAAGAUGAAUCAGAAACUGUUAAUUGGAUAACAGUUCAUACCAAGCCUUGUCCAAAGUGCCACAAACCGGUCGAGAAAAAUGGUGGUUGUAACUUGGUUAGCUGUAUCUGUGGUCAAGCUUUUUGUUGGUUGUGUGGUGGAGCUACCGGUCGAGAGCAUACCUUGUCAAGCAUUGCUGCUCAUAGCUGUGGUCGCUAUGAAGAGCAAGAAAAAACAGCUGAAAGGGCAAAGAGGGAUCUGUAUCGUUAUAUGCAUUAUCAUAAUCGUUACAAAGCUCACACAGAUUCCUUUAAGCUUGAGAGUAAACUGAAGGAGACUAUACAAAAGAGGAUUGCUGUCUCAGAAGAAAAACAUUCUACGCUUAGGGAUUAUAGUUGGGUAAAUAAUGGGCUCUCUAGACUUUUCAGAUCUAGGCGUGUCCUAUCAUAUUCAUAUGCAUUUGCGUUUUACAUGUUUGGUGACGAGCUAUUUAAGGAAGAAAUGACAGAAGCUCAAAGGGAAAUAAAACAGAAUUUGUUUGAGGAUCAGCAGCAGCAGCUUGAGGCAAACGUUGAAAAGCUCUCCAAAAUUUUGGGGGAACGUUUUCAAACUUUUAAAUAUGAUAAAGUCAUGGAGAUAAGGAUGCAGAUAAUCAAUCUGACCACUAUCAUUGACAAACUUUGUCAAAAAAUGUAUGAGUGUAUUGAGAAUGAUUUACUGGGUUCUCUCUAUAUUGGUGUUCACAACAUUGCUCCAUACAAGUCAAAGGGGAUCGACAAGGCAUCAGAACUUUCACUUUGUUGGACAAAUGAGGCCAAUAAUACCGCCAUUUUUUAAUACCUAAAGUUGCAU